AUGGCCAUGCUAAGCAGCUGGCAGGCCGACCCUCUCUUCCCGGCAGCGGAGGAGGUGCAGGACUCAGCAGACAGGCUGCGAUCCAGUUUCCACCAAUGGCAGCAGCUCGCGACGGCUGAUACCACCGGGUCAGGAGGCGGCGGGUCAGCGAGGGUGGACGAGGAGGGCGUGAGGCUCGUGCUCCUGUCUGCGUGCGAUACCUUGAAAUGGCAGCUUCAAGAGUUUGAGCGCGCUGUGCUCCGCGAUGCGGCUUCCUCCGCCGCGUCUCUCCGCCGCCCGGAGCGUGCGAGCGGGGGGCGACCGCAGGAGGCGCAAGCGCGGAGGCAGCAGUUCAUCUCCGCCAUCCGCGCGCAGCUCGCGCAGGUCGAUACCGCCGUCCGCCGAUCUUCCCCUCGGGGGAAGGCCACUCGGCCCACAGAGCUGCAUCUGCGCCCGCUCACUGUAAGGAAACCGGAUGUGCCCGUAACGAGCAGCUGGCGAGGGGCGGGUGAUUGUAGGGAGCGUGAGUCUGUAGGGGGACUGCUACCGACCGCAGCACCAGACCAGGGAGGGAAUAAAGCGGGGCACAGUGGGUCAGCGUGGGCCUCUGAUGAAAACACCAUAAGCAGGGAAGGGAGGUCGCGUUGGCAACAGCAGCAGGAACAGGCGCAAGAGCAGGAGCAGAAUUGUACAUGGCGGGAAACAGCAGUGGGCGCGCAUUCUGUUAGCGGAACCAGAGCGGGUGGGAGUGAGAGUCGGGGUGGGUCAAGGCCACCAGUGACUGCUGGAGGGGGGUUUGGUGCAGCUUCUGCUUCUGCGGCUGCUGCUGCUGUUGCUGUACCCUCCCAUUUACUGCAGUGGUUGAAUGCGGGUAGCAACACCCCACCGUCCGCUGCCUCAGUCGCAGGCAGAUGGAUGCAAGGCAGUAGAGUGGGUGGGGAGGGUCAAGAGGAGGAAGAGGACGAGGAGGGGGGCGUAGCUUGUGUGGGGAAAAGGUGUGUUGACUACUUGUCUGAGAGUGAGGGGGAGCGGGACGACGUGGGAGCGGCAGGAGAGAGAGAGAGGGCUUCGUUACAAUUGAGGGCAGACCAUCAGGCUGUGGCUGCAGUGCGAGUGUGUGUGGCUAGGGAUGCUGCAGCAGGAACUGGUGUGGGAUGGCGGAAAGGAGGCGCCUCGUUUUCGUCCCUUCCCGCCGCUGCCUUGGGGGCAGCAGCAGCAGGAGCAGUGGCAGCAGCUGAUUACCCAUCUUUGACCCAUCCGCCACCUAUGCAGCCUCCAGCGUUAAACUUUACCCCACUAUCAGACCGUAUAUCCAACCCCCUCGCAUGUGACGCGCCGCCACAGCAACACACUCCGCAUCAGCAGCUCCUCUCCCCUACCGCGCACCAUCCUCUAUUGCCUCCCCCGGCCGCGUUACCUCGGUCCCCCCCUCGCGGGGCCGUUCAAUGGGUCGCAUUUCUGCUGCAGCAGUUCCAGCAAGGGGUGGAGCGGGGCAGGGAGCAGAACCAGGAGCAGGGGCGAGGGGAGAAGCAUGUGUGCUGCCAGGCCUGUGGGAGGCACCACUGCGGCAGUGCUGGUGGGGUGGGGGGCUGUAGGGGCAAGUGCGCUGAGAGUGACAGUGAUGGCGGGGGAGUGGCAGGAGCAGGGGAAAGGAGAGUAGGAGGAGGAGGGGGAAGGGGAGGAGUGGUGGCAGCAGGUCCGGAGUUGAAGCUAGGGAGCUUGUCAUGUCUGACUGUGGCGGACCUUGAGCUGGGCCUUGCUCAUUUCAAUGCCUGCAAUACCACCACCGCCAACAACAGCAACAGCAGUAACAGCACCAGUCGCUUCCGUCGCUUCCACUAUUUCUGGCCCGUAGCCUCCUCGCCAGCCCCUCCUCCCAUGACCGAGGAAGAGGACGAAGAAGCCCACCGUCGUGUGGUCGGCUGGCAGCUAUCAGUCAAGCGACGGCGUCCGUUACUGGGCGGCAGCAGCAGCGCAAGCUGCAGCUCUGGUGUUACUGGCAGCAGUAUUGCCAGCAGUGCUGGCGGUGGCACUUGCAGCAGCAACGGUAAUUCUGGGGGAUCGUUGGGCAGUGGUGCUGGUGAUGUGGGCUUGACAGCGCUACAGGUGGUGGCUGUGGUUGUGUCACGGUGGCUCUCGAGCAGAGCAGAGCAGUGCUCUCAAGCUGGUGGCUGUGCUCGAGCUGAUGACGUCACUCGAGAUGGCAACCAUUCCCUACCAGAGGGAACGGCAAGGGAUUCAGAGGAAGCAAAGCCCGCAGAACCGUCCGUACGUGUGACAGGAGCAGAAGAAGCAGCAGAAGCAGCAGCAGAAGAAGCAGCAGAAGAAGCAGGAGCGUUGGGUCCCAGGCACAGAUUCACGGCAAGGCCCUCCGAAUCUGGCCUGCGAGCUAGAGGGUUUCAGGGGUGGAAGAGACGGACCCGAAGCUUUGGCUUGGUGCGGUGUGGCAAGGCGGUGGGGAGGACACAAGAGAGGAUUUUAACGGACGGGAUAGUAACGGGGAUGAUCAGCCAAGCCAAGCCAGCAGCAGCGGAUGGCGAUAGGCAUAGGAAAGGGGCGGAUGCAGUGGGCGGGGGGAAGCGGAACGGCGGAUGGGGUGUUGGCAAGGCCGGUGACUGCACUACUGACGCCUCUGGGAGUGCUGGUGAGGGCAAUUUGCCUUGCUGCUCAAGUCAGAAGGAGCGUGCAGAUUGUGAUGACAGUUGUCCGGGGAAUAAGACAUUGCAGGGAAGUGACGCGUGCCACCAAGAUGACACCAGGUGUUUCAAAGACGACACGUGCCUCACAAGAGAUGACAGCGGAUGCAAACUAGACGACACGUGGUCCGGCAGGAGGCAGAGCUGUGGGAGGCUUGGUGCUGACGUGGCGGUGGGUGAGUCAGCAGCGGAUCAGCUGUGGGCGGCAGUGGAGGAGCUUCUGGAGUGCCCAGUCUGCUGCAUGGAGCUUUCUGCUCCCAUCUACCAGUGUCACAGGGGCCAUGUGAUCUGCUCCGCAUGCAUCAGCCACCUGGCGCAUCAUUCCUGUGCGCCUUCCGAACCAGCAAAUAGUGCUGCUAGCAUUCGUCUUCACGCCAACUCCACACGUGCUGCUGUUGCUGCUGCUGCACCUUCUGCUCCUUCCACUGUUGCUGCUGCUGGGUCUGCUAAUGGGGUUGCUGCUCGUGGCAGCGCCAUGCCAUCACAUGCAGCAGUGUGCUGCCCCAUGUGCAGAGACCCCAUGGCCGUCCCACUCAUGGCAUCAGAGUGUUGUGCAGGGAGUACAGAGGGGAAGGCUCCAGCAGACUCGGUGGCUGGGACAGCAGCAGGCUGGGUCACAGGCACAGCAGCAGGGGCACCAAUGGCUGCUGCGUCAUUAGGAGGGGCUGUGUCGCUGAUACAUGCGACAAGCUCUCCUCUGUUUUCUCCAGGACGAGUUGGAAUUGAAGGCAGUAAUUCCCGUGGCAGUUUUGUGAGCCUGAGGGGACGGGAUCUCGGUGUAGCAACCGCAGUUAUUGGCAUUCUCUUCGCUAUUUUCCAAUGGUUCAUGGUCUCUCGCAUUCGUGUCGGCGGUGCUCCGGACGGCCAGUACGGACUUCUGGAAGAUGGGACAGCAGACACUGUACUCCAGCAGGUUUCUGAGAUCCAGUCCGCCAUUUCCAUGGGUGCUGAGUCGUUCCUGACAACGGAGUACAAGUACCUGGCCGUCUUCAUGAGCGGCUUUUCCGUUAUCAUCUUUCUCUUUCUUGGAUCUGUCGACAACUUCGAUCAGAAGGGUAUCGCCAACGCUGGCUUCAGCACCUUGGCCUUCAUCCUCGGAGCUCUUACAUCGACGGGUUCUGGCUACCUCGGCAUGAAGAUUGCUACUUAUGCUAACGCGAGGACCACCUUGGAAGCCAGGAAGGGAAUUCCUGCAGCAUUCGUGGUUGCGUUCCGCGCUGGAUCGGUCAUGGGUUUCCUCCUGUCGGCGAACGGACUGCUGGUGUUGUUCCUGACCAUCCUCGCCUACAGGAAGUACUACGGCGAUGACUGGGCCGGCCUGUACGAGUCCAUCACAGGUUACGGUCUUGGUGGUUCAUCUGUGGCCCUGUUUGGUCGUGUUGGUGGUGGUAUUUACACCAAGGCUGCUGAUGUCGGUGCGGAUCUCGUGGGCAAGGUUGAGAGGAACAUUCCCGAGGACGAUCCCAGGAACCCUGCUGUUAUUGCUGACAACGUGGGAGACAAUGUGGGUGACAUUGCUGGCAUGGGUUCUGACCUGUUCGGCUCCUUUGCCGAGUCGACCUGCGCAGCGCUUGUAAUCUCGGCCCUUUCUCAGCCUGGAAAGGACCAUGAUUUCUCCGCCAUGUGCUUCCCUCUUCUGGUCAGCGGUGCUGGUAUUCUUGUGUGUCUGAUCACCACCAUCAUUGCAACGGAUAUUCAGCAAGUGAAGGAGAAGGCUGAGAUUGAGCCGGCUUUGAAGAAGCAGCUGGUGAUCUCCACUGUGCUGAUGACUCCUGUGAUCUUCCUUGUCGCGUUCUACGCUCUUCCGCCUACCUUCAAUAUCACUGUUGUCGGCCAGGCCGACAAGGUUGUUCAGAACUGGUACGCAUUCGCGUGCGUCGCAUCUGGACUUUGGGCUGGUCUCCUCAUCGGUUUUGUCACCGAGUACUUCACGAGCAAUGCCUAUGUGCCUGUUCAAGACGUUGCUGACUCUUGCCGCACUGGUGCGGCCACUAACAUCAUCUUUGGCCUUGCCCUUGGCUACAAGUCGGUUAUCAUUCCGGUGUUCGCUAUUGCGGCUGCGAUCUACGUGAGCUUCCAGUUCGCUGGCAUGUACGGUAUUGCCCUGGCUGCUCUUGGAAUGCUGAGCACUCUCGCAACUGGUCUGGCGAUUGAUGCGUAUGGGCCAAUCAGUGACAAUGCUGGUGGCAUUGCUGAGAUGGCGGGUAUGGGUGAGGAGAUCCGUGAGCGCACUGAUGCUCUUGAUGCUGCUGGAAACACCACUGCGGCUAUUGGCAAGGGCUUCGCCAUUGGUUCUGCUGCACUUGUGUCCCUUGCUCUGUUUGGAGCUUAUGUGAGCCGGGCCAAGGUCAAGGUUGUCAAUGUGACUGAGCCCCAGGCCUUUGUCGGGCUCCUUGUUGGUGCUAUGCUGCCCUACUGGUUCUCUGCCAUGACCAUGAAGAGUGUGGGCAAGGCUGCUCUUGCAAUGGUGGAGGAGGUUCGUCGCCAGUUCAACACCAUGCCUGGCUUGAUGGAGGGAACCACGAAGCCAGACUACAAGAAGUGUGUGGAGAUUUCAACGGCUGCCUCUCUGCGUGAGAUGAUUCCUCCUGGCGCGCUUGUGAUGCUGAGCCCUGUGAUUGCGGGAACCCUGUUUGGAACCACCACUCUGGCUGGCAUGCUGGCGGGUGCGCUGGUGUCUGGCGUCCAGAUUGCCAUUUCUGCGUCCAACACUGGUGGUGCAUGGGACAAUGCCAAGAAGUACAUCGAGGCUGGCAACUCUGCCCAUGCCAAGAGCCUUGGUCCCAAGGGUUCUGAUCCCCACAAGGCUGCGGUCAUUGGCGACACUGUUGGUGAUCCCCUGAAGGAUACAUCAGGCCCGUCGCUGAACAUUCUGAUCAAGCUGAUGGCUGUGGAGUCCCUGGUGUUUGCUCCCUUCUUUGCCACUCACGGUGGCAUCAUCUGGGGUGGCAAAUAG